UCUGCUCCCUGCCUUUCUCACCUUCGCGUCCCCAGUAUCUGUACAGUGCCUGGUGGGGAGCUGAUGCUCAACCGAUAAGUGUUGACAGGAUAAAUGAAUGAACCAACUCUAUGAGGCCCUCUGAGGACAGCUCAGCUGGCCCAGGCUCCCCUCCCUGGAGCUGCCCCCAGAACCAUGGAGAGUCUGAGUGAACUGCAGAACCCUUUGCUGCCUCGGAGCCCCGCCCCCCUCCAUGGCCCUUACCCCUACCCCGAGGCUUCGCCCAGCUGGUCAUGCCAGGAGAAGCUCUACUCCUACCUCCUGGGUGGUGCUGGCUCUGCUCGCACCCAUCAGCUCCUGGACCCAGGAUCCCUGCAGCUGGCCGUGGAGGCCUGGUACAGGCCCACCUGCCUCCUGGGGAGGGACAAGGUCAAGGAAGCCAGGGCAAACAGCUGUGAGACCAGCUUCACAGAGAACAGGGAGCCCCAGGCGGGGCCUACGCUGCGGUCCACAGAACCUGGCCAAGCAGAAGAGGAUGUCACCAUCCAGACUGUGUCCUACGGGGUUCAAGAGGAGCAGCAGGGCCAGGAGAAUGACCAGGAGGAGGAGGAGGAGAGUGAUGUGACGUCGACGGACAGUGAAAGUGAAGACAACUUCGUGGCGCUGCCGCCCAGGGAUCACCUGGGCCUUACUAUCUUCUCCAUGCUCUGCUGUUUCUGGCCCCUGGGCAUCGCUGCCUUCUACUUCUCCCAGGGGACCAGCAAGGCCAUCUCCAAGGGAGACUUCCGCCUGGCCAGCACCACCUCCCGCAGGGCCCUCUUCUUGGCCACACUCUCCAUCGCCGUGGGCGCCGGUCUCUAUGUGGCCGUGGUGGUGGCUCUGGCAGCUUACAUGUCCCAGAAUGGCCAUGGCUAG